UUCCGAUCUGGUCGUCCAAGACACAACGGAUGAAGACCACGCUCGUCGUCGCGACCGCGCUGGUAGGGCUUGCCACUGCGCAGCAGCCGACCACAAGCCAGACCUUCCGCGUCUGCCGCCAUACCAACUACGUUGCAGACGGCAACAAGAUCUACGCGGUCGACCCAGCCAACCCAUCUACCAAGACCGAGCUCUUCAUCAAAGGCGUCACAUGGAGCGGCAUGGAGCUGCCGAAACAAGGCAUUCCCAUGGGUCUCUGGGGUGCCAACCUCACCCAAAUCGACUCGGGUAUCAAGGGCACGUCGCUGUCUGCCAUGAUGCAGUUCAUGGCCAACGCGUCGAUCAACGUCGUGCGCUUCCCGCUCACGGCCGACGCGGUCGUCAAGGACACGCCGCCCAUGGUCAGCUACGUGCACGGCGAGAACAAAGAGAUUGCACUGUACCCGCCGGGCUUUGUACCUCGCACGUCCGACUUUGUCGCGCGGCUCAUUGGUGCGUUCCAAAAGUACCGCAUUGGCAUCGUCCUCGACGUCCACGACCUCGUCGAGAACUUUGCCGUCGACGCGUACUGGUACUACCCUGCGCCGUCGACGGUCGAAGAGAGCCUCGCGUACAAGGCGGCGGUCGUGCUCGCGACCAACUACUGCAAGGCCACGUACUGGAACGUGCUCGGCAUCGACCUCAAGAACGCCAUGACCGACGUCACGUGGGCGAAAUCAGCGAGCGAUGCGCGCAGCGUCUCGGACUGGGCGUCGGCCGCGCAGGUGAUUGCGGCCAAAGUCAACGCGCUCUGUCCGCAAUGGCUGGUCUUGACGACCGGCGCGAGCUCGGCGAAGGGCGAGUCGUUCAGCAUCCCGUCGCGUGCCAAUGAGACGUUUCCAUUUUGGGACGGCGGCAACUUUCAGAACGCAACGGACCGGCCGCUUCAAGGCGCCACCAAUGUCGUCUAUGCGCCACAGGCCCACGUGCACGGCAUGCUGCCACAAGCGUACUUGUAUGCCAAGGCCGCGGGCUGCGGCAGCAACCUCCCGACGACGCCGGUCAAAGAAGACACGACGUGCUCGGUCUUCUUGAAUGGCUCGUUGGUGGCCAACACGAAACGCGCGCUCUCAUGCCAGAACUCCAAGUUUGCGUGCGCUUCGUACGUCCCGAUGGCGAUUCCCGAGCUCCAGGCGAACGUCGCCGCGAUGCUCCAGUCGGCCCUCGGCGGCGUCGUCGCCGCAGCCACGCACCCGAUCGUGUUCAGCGGCUUCUCAGCCGUCUACGUGCCGUCGUUGCAGCCGCAGCAGGCGGCGGCCUUUGAUGCGAUCUUGCAGUUCAUCGUGCACAACACCAGCGGUGGCUUCUACGCGAAUCUGAACCCGGACAUGGAGAUGUACCUCGAGGCGCCGCCUGCCGGCAAGACCAUUCUCGGCAAGACGCGGUUCGGCCUCAUGAAGACCAACUCGUGGCAGGCGGCCAACCAAGAGCUUCUGGAUGCGCUAAGCGUCAUGAAAAGCACGCCCAUCCCGUGCUACGGCGACGUGCACCCGGGACCGCCCGAGAAUGCUGCCAACGCGCUCGCGCCGGCCCUUCUUCCAUUUGUUGUUGGUGCACUGGUGUACUGCUGGUCGUAGAGAACGCUCAUGGAUGUUGCAUAACAUGCAUUGUAUUGGUUUGGAC